CUCCGGAGGUUUAAACCCGUCAUAUUUCCACCACCAGCCCGCUCCUCCAGCCCCGCUGUGCUCCUUCAGGGCUCCGUUUCUUCUCUACCUCAGCACCCCGAUGCCUCCCCGGGCCUGCGUGUAAUCUCCAGCCCCCUCCGAGCUCCACCGACUCUGCUGCUUCUAACUCCCCCACCGAGGGACGCUGCUCGGCGGGCACUGACUGCAGCAAACCCCGGCUGGUUCUCCUCCAUCCCCGCCUCCCUUUAUUUUCCUCUCCCAGCUGGAUCUACUUCCCUCCGGGAGCUAGCUGGCUGGCUACAUCCACUCCACACACUCUCUCAGCGGAUCCAGCCACCCCUCCAGCCCGGUUCCCAGCCUCCACACCCCCCGGGCCAGAUCUCCGUGACUCCGAGCCACGGGUCUCGCCAUGCCGGGUCCGGUGGCCGGUAGCAAGUCCCGUGUGUAUGCAGACGUGAACACGCUGAAGACCCGGGAGUACUGGGACUACGAGGCCCACGUACCCAACUGGAACAACCAGGAGGACUACCAGCUGGUCCGUAAGCUGGGCAGAGGGAAGUACAGCGAGGUGUUCGAGGCCAUCAACAUCACCAACAAUGAGAAGGUGGUGGUGAAGAUCCUGAAGCCGGUGAAGAAGAAGAAGAUCAAGCGAGAGAUCAAGAUCCUGGAGAACCUGCGAGGAGGAACCAACAUCAUCCGAUUGGUGGACACAGUCAAAGACCCUGUGUCCAGAACUCCAGCGCUGGUCUUUGAAUGCAUCAAUAACACAGACUUCAAGGAGUUGUACCAGAAGUUGACAGAUUAUGAUAUCCGUUUCUACAUGUAUGAACUACUGAAGGCUCUGGACUACUGUCACAGUAUGGGAAUCAUGCACCGUGACGUCAAACCCCACAAUGUGAUGAUUGACCACCAGUUGAGAAAGCUACGCCUUAUAGACUGGGGCCUGGCCGAGUUCUACCAUCCAUCCCAGGAGUACAACGUCAGAGUGGCCUCGAGAUACUUCAAAGGUCCAGAACUCCUGGUGGAUUACCAGAUGUACGACUACAGUCUAGACAUGUGGAGUCUGGGCUGCAUGUUGGCCAGUAUGAUCUUUCAGAAAGAGCCCUUCUUCCACGGACAAGACAACUACGACCAGCUGGUGCGAAUCGCCAAGGUCCUGGGGACGGACGAGCUGUUCGGCUACCUGCGCAAAUAUCACAUCGAGCUGGACCCACGAUUCAAAGACCUGCUGGGACAGCAGAGCAGGAAACGCUGGGAACAGUUUGUUCAGACGGAGAACCAGCACUUGGUGAGUCCUGAAGCUCUGGAUCUGCUGGACAAGCUGCUACGCUACGACCACCAACAGAGACUGACGGCCACAGAGGCCAUGGAGCAUCCAUACUUCUACCCGGUAGUAAAGGAGCAGUCUCUGUCCAACUCUGACAACAACAUGGUUACCAGUGGCAACACUACAGCGCGAUGAAACAGAAGUGGAAGAAGAAGGAUGUUUGUUACCUCAACUUUGUACCCGGUUGUGACAGUAACUUUGACAAGUGUACAGUGACAAUGGAUCAAAGUAACUCUGACCAGUUACACACUCACGGAUAUGUGAUACACACAUCUAUACACACCGACAACAGCAAGCACACUUCUACACAAACAGCAGACGCACACACGUAUACAUACAUACAUACACCCUCCUCCUCUGUAUCAGUCUGUGAUUGGCUUGUCCUGGUUUUCCUGUCCAGCAGCCUGACCAAUGAGCUUGAAGCUGCUCCCCCCUCCAUCGUCCCCUCAACCGGUGUCCCAGCUCAGUCUCAUGUAGGUCAACAAAGACAUUUAAAGACGAUUCAGUCCCUCGUCCUCUCUUUGUCAUCCCUCCUUUAUAUCUCCCCUCUUUGUUUGCAUCAGCAUGGAGAAUGAACAGGAGUGUGAGCCUGUACAAUCCCGACUCCCCCUUUAUCCUCCCCGGUCCGAUCCAUCCGUCUGCCCUCUUUUACCUCCCCAUCCUCUUCCCCAACAGACAGACAGGCGUCUUAGCACUACUCCAGAUCUGAAAGUGGCAUGGUGGACUCUCUCUCUAGAUAGAAUGAUGAUGAUAAUAAUAAUAUUAAUGAAAAAUAAAUGAUUUUUAUUUAGAUGA